UUUCUCCAGAAUCAUUAUAAGGAUUUCUUCUCUGUGGACAUGGAAGUAGGAAAUUAUACCAUCCUGCCUGAGUUCAUUGUGGUAGGCUUCUCAGCAAACCCCAGGUGGCAGGUGAUUUUAUUUGUAAUAUUUCUGACACUCUAUUUGAUAACCUUGUCAGGGAACAUGACCCUGGUUAUUUGAAUUCAUAUUGACUCCUGCCUGCAUACACCUGUGUACUUUUUCAUCAGCAAUUCAUCUUUUUUAGACUUUUGUUACACCUCUGUGUAUAUUCCCAAUAUCCUGGCCAAUUGUAUCUCAGAAGAUAAACGCAUUCCCUUGGCUGUAUGUGGAGCCCAGUUGUUCUUUUCCUGUGUUGUAGCCUACACGGAGUUCUAUUUCCUAACAGCUAUGGUGUAUGACCGCCACAAGGCCACCUAUAGCCCAUUCUUUCAUUCAGGUACUAUGUACAGCUCUCUGUGUACUGGCAUCUCUGCUGGCUCUUAUGUAGGAGGGUUCAAGAAUGCCAUAGCUCAUGUUGCCAACACAUUCUGUCUUAGUUUUUGUGGUAAAAAUAUCAUUGACCACUUCUUCUGUGAUGUACCAUCAUUGGUAAAAAUGUCUUGUACAGAAACCCAGGUCUGUGAAAAAGUCCUCCUAGAUGUGGUGGGCUUCACCAUUCUCUCUGGCAUUCUUGCCAUCCUGAUUUCCCGUUUCAACAUCCUUCUGGCUAUUCUGAGAAGCUGCUCAGCCCCUGGAAGGUGCAAGGCCUUCUUCAUCUGUGCUUCUCACCUCAUCUCAGUCAUGUUCUUCUAUGGACCUUUGCUCUCCAUGUAUUCAUGGCCAAGCUCCACCCACUCUCUGGAGAAAGACAAAGUGGCUGCCUUGUUCUACACUGUGGUCAGCCCAUUGCUGAACCUUACCAUCUACAGCCUGGGAAACAAAGAUGUCAAAGAGGCCUUCUGGAAAGUCACAUGGACCAUAAGGACACAGGGAUGA